UCCACAUGUCCCCAGUUUGAGGCCCCCCUCUCGGAGCGGCCUCUGGUUGGACAGGACACCGGCGGGUGCCGCCUGUCGGAUCCCGCGAUACUGAGCGAGCCGAGUGUCGGCACCGGCGAUUGGCAGAUGUGUUUGGCGCUCGUGGAGUCUCGAUUUUCUCAGAUUGAGAAACGGAUAUAGAGAGAAAAGGGUAAAUAGUUCCCGAAGCGGAAACAGUGAGACAAAGGGAAUAAAUAUGAAAUAGAGUCCGGGAAAAUUAACACACAAAUCGAGGAACAGUAAGAAAAUAUAUAGAUUAAAAAAAGAAAGAAAAAAGCCGGACGAUAAGAAAGCGUCUUUUUGUGUGUGUGAGAGAGAGAUCUAUUAGCCGGUAUCCACAUAGGCGAGGAGGGUGAAUGCUUCCUCCCUCCCCAGCUCAUCUGCAAAUCAGACAGCGGGAGGUUCAGUUCCUGAUCGCUCCCAGUUUGAACCAGUGCAUAUGAACGGCGGACCAGUCGGGUUGACAGGGUAAUCAUGGGCCUGACUGGAAAGAAAUGUGAGAAAGGGCCGGUGUGUUGGAGGAAACGAGUGAAAUCUGAAUAUAUGCGACUGAGACAACUCAAGAGGUUCAGAAGAGCCGAUGAGGUCAAGAGUAUGUUUAAUUCUAAUCGACAGAAGAUUUUUGAACGAACCGAUACCCUGAACCAGGAAUGGAAACUGCGCCGGAUACAGCCUGUGCACAUCAUGACAUCUGUAAGCUCCUUACGUGGGACCAGAGAGUGUACUGUGGAGAGUGGAUUCUCCGAGUUUUCCAAGCAAGUCAUUCCUUUGAAGACACUAAAUGCUGUUGCGUCUGUCCCCGUCAUGUACUCGUGGUCUCCCCUCCAGCAAAAUUUCAUGGUGGAAGAUGAGACUGUUUUGCACAACAUACCUUAUAUGGGUGAUGAAAUCCUUGACCAGGAUGGGACCUUCAUUGAGGAGCUCAUCAAAAACUAUGAUGGCAAGGUCCAUGGAGACAGAGAAUGUGGCUUCAUCAACGAUGAAAUAUUUGUGGAGCUGGUGAGUGCUCUCGGUCAGUACAGUGAUAAUGAAGAUGAGGACGACGGGGAUGAGGAGAAUCGCGAAUACAAGUUGGAAAAAAUGGAAAGUGCAGACACAAAGGAUGAAAACGAUGACCUUCUGAAAGACCAGGAUCUUGGUGCAGAAGGUAAUGGAAGUGAAAACUCAAAAAAGUUCCCAUCUGACAAGAUAUUCGAAGCAAUUUCAUCCAUGUUUCCAGACAAGGGAACAUCUGAGGAACUCAAAGAAAAGUACAAAGAACUGACAGAGCAGCAGCUUCCUGGGGCACUCCCUCCUGAGUGUACCCCGAACAUUGACGGACCAAAUGCUAAAUCUGUCCAGAGAGAGCAGAGCCUGCACUCCUUCCACACGCUCUUCUGCAGACGCUGCUUCAAAUAUGACUGCUUUCUUCACCCGUUCCAUGCAACUCCCAACACAUACAUACGGAAGAAUAUGGAGAACUUGGUGGACAGUAAGCCUUGUGGUCUUGAUUGCUACAUGUAUCUUGUGCAGGAAGGGGCCAGGGAGUUUGCAGCAGCUCUUACAGCUGAGCGUGUCAAGACCCCACCAAAGCGUAUUGUGGGACGUCGCAGAGGGAGGCUUCCCAACAGCAGCAGCCGGCCAAGUACCCCAACUAUAAACAUGUCUGAAGCCACAGACAGUGACAGAGAGGCCGGGGGUGAGCUGGGGGACGGUAUUGACAAGGAUGACGAUGACAAAAAGGAUGAAACGAGCUCCUCUGAAGCGAACUCGCGGUGCCAAACUCCAGUGAAGCUGAGGCUUAGCUCUGAAUCUCCUGAGAAUGUCGAUUGGAGUGGAGCCGAUGCCUCUCUUUUCAGAGUCCUUAUCGGCACUUAUUACGAUAACUUCUGUGCAAUAGCCAGGCUAAUUGGGACAAAAACAUGUAGACAGGUCUAUGAAUUUAGAGUAAAAGAAUCUAGUAUUAUUGCACGUGCACCUGCUGAAGAUGUAGACACUCCACCAAGAAAGAAGAAGAGGAAACACAGGUUGUGGGCCACACACUGUAGGAAGAUCCAACUUAAAAAAGAUGGCUCCUCGAACCAUGUGUAUAACUAUCAGCCAUGUGACCACCCUCGCCAGCCCUGUGACAGCUCCUGUCCCUGUGUCAUCGCUCAAAACUUCUGUGAGAAAUUCUGCCAGUGUAGCUCCGAAUGUCAGAACCGGUUUCCUGGCUGCCGCUGCAAGGCUCAGUGCAAUACAAAGCAGUGCCCCUGCUACCUGGCUGUGCGGGAGUGUGACCCAGACCUUUGCCUAACGUGCGGAGCAGCUGAGCACUGGGACAGCAAGAAUGUCUCCUGCAAGAACUGUAGCAUUCAGAGAGGGGCUAAAAAGCACUUGCUGCUGGCCCCAUCGGAUGUUGCAGGAUGGGGCAUUUUUAUCAAAGAGUCUGUGCAGAAGAAUGAGUUCAUCUCCGAGUACUGUGGAGAGAUCAUCUCCCAGGAUGAGGCAGACAGGCGGGGAAAAGUAUAUGACAAGUACAUGUGCAGCUUCUUAUUCAACUUGAACAAUGAUUUUGUUGUGGAUGCAACACGCAAGGGUAACAAGAUACGAUUUGCCAACCAUUCUGUUAACCCCAACUGCUAUGCAAAAGUUAUGAUGGUUAACGGUGAUCACAGAAUAGGUAUAUUUGCGAAAAGAGCAAUCCAGACUGGUGAAGAACUGUUCUUUGAUUACAGGUACAGCCAGGCUGAUGCUCUUAAGUAUGUGGGUAUCGAAAGAGAAAUGGAGAUUCCGUGAAUGCAUCUACCUCCUCUUGAACAAAUGCCUUAUGCUCUUCAGGAAUUUUUAGUACCAUGUGCAGUUUAAAAAAAAGGUAUUUGAUACAGCCAGGCUUGUAGGGUUUUACAAAUAUCUGCUCUGAUAGUAAUUUAUAACAGUGACUUUGAAAUCAGCUUUUUACUGCCUUUUUCCCCUCCCCAAUACACCUGCAAGUUUUUGUAUCUAAUGAUCAUUUUUCUUUUCAAUACAGUACACCAAUGAGCUAUAAUUAUGGAACAAUUUAAUAAGAAAUAAAACAGUACUUGAACAUGUAUUUGUGUGUUUACAGGAAGCAUUGCAUUUUACCCGUGUUUGAUGCAUCAUGGAUUACUUUUUGCUUGUGUUUUUGUAGUUUUAUAAAACUGUACCACUUAUAUUGUGACUACUGAUGCCCCCCAAAUAAUGAAUACUUUCCUACUACAUUUUUUUAACAGUGUGCCGUCUGCAUACUUUUUAAAAUACACAAACAAAAACAAAAAAAUACAAAACCAUCUACAUUGCACAUUUAAAACUCAAUAUGUAGUGAACUUUAGCUUAUAACCAAGCAAAGAAGACUGGCAUUUUCAGCCUCCUCAAGUUCAAUUUCUUCCAGCAGCAGCCUAUUUGAGCUUCCAUGUUUCACACACUGCAUUACUCCUGGCUAUUUGAAAUGUUGAUCAUCCAAAGCUUACAAUUAACCUCUUACUGAUUUCUGGCUGCCCACCAGCCAGUGUUGGUUGAUUGUUGAUUGCACAAUAAUAAUAAAAACUGUACCUGUAGCUAUGUGAAAGGCAGAAUAGGGGAACAAAGUUACCUGCUACCCACAUGCACUUUGUGGAAGGAUUUCUCAGUUCUCAAACUUGAACCAGGCAUUCCAGUAUGCAAGUAAUAUACCAAUACCCUGUAUUAAUACCUCAAACAUGAGUAAGGCUAAAUAGUGGAGAUAAUGAAAAACAACAAGCUUUAUAUCCCAGUAACUGCUGGAGAGAUGAUGUGUAUACAUGGAAAUCAAUGCGAAGAAUAUACUUGCAGUUUCAAUAAGUUUUGUGAACAACGAUAGUGAUAGAUACCAAAAUGGAGCUCUGACAGGAACGCAAGACUAAACUUCUGGAAAGUUAAAGGCCUGUGAGACAGACCGCGUCUCAUCACCGACUCCUCUGGUGCUUGUGCAUUUUUGUUACACGCUGUGUUUGGUUGCUGAGAAAAACAGCUGGGGAUUGUCCAGUUGCAGAUCUCUAACCAGUAGGUGGCAGUGUCACGGUGGAGCCACUGACUAUAAAGGGAACCGCUGACACAUCCCCAGCCUGCCAAGAGCCACAACAACACUGUUCAUGCCACGGAGCAGGACAGAGGCAAGAUGAAGGAAUAAAAACAUUCUGUUUGUCUGACCAUUGCAUGUGGAACGGGGGUCAGUGCUGAAUAAUUUUCCUGUAGGGAUAGAGACCAGUGUUUGGGAUUUUUAGAUCCCAACAAACCUAUAGGAGUUGUGUCAGCGGGGCCUCCUUUUAUAGUAGGAGCAGGCUCACUGCUGUGUUUCUUUUUCAGUAUUUUUCAUUUUCGUUUUCACAUUCGGUGUAUAUUGUCUGCCCAUACCCUAGCAUUGCUGGUAGAGUCACAAGGCUCAUUGUGUGUUGCCAAAAUAAAUCCUGGGCGUCUGUGUGAUGUUUCAACGUCA